AUGGAUGAGGCUCAAUCCAAAACAGUUGUGACCGAUGGCGAUGAGGCGAUUGCAACAGCAAUAGAGGCCUUGAUCCCAAAUGCAACCCACCGCCUUUGUUAUUGGCAUAUGCACAACAAAGCUGUUAAGAAGGUGAAAGACCCAAGUUUCAGCGAAAGCCUAACAAAGCUGGUGUUCAAGUAUUAUGAUGUUGACGAGUUUGAGGAGAAAUUCAGUGAAGUUAUGAUACAGUAUGGGUUGCAAGGAAAGAAGUAUGGUGCUAAAUUGUACAAUACAAUACAUAAAUGGGCAGAGACGUACUUGAGAGGGAACUUUUUCUGUGGCAUGUCAACCACCCAAUGUAACGAAGGUAUUAAUGCCGUUCUGAAGAAAAAAUUGAACCAGAAGUUGAAGCUAUAUGAAUUUGUUAGGGCCCUUGACAUGGCCAUUUCAUGGGUUAGGCAUCAUGAAGAAACCGAUGAUUAUGAGUCACUGCACACAUCACCACAAUUAGGAGUGACGAACUUACCAGUUAUGGAGGAAGAACUUUCAAGGAUAUAUACAAGGAAUAUGUUUUUUAAGGUUAGACGACAAAUGUCAAAGGAAGGCCACUACACUGUACUCACAAAAACCAUCAUGGAGGGUGCUAUAAUGAUGAAACUACACAAGUUUCGUCGGGGACCAAGCCGAGCAGUCUAUGCAACUUUCGCUCAUGACUUUUUUGUCUGUGAAUGCCAAUAUUUUCUUACGUUUAGGAUACCAUGUAGGCAUAUGUUUGCCGUAAUGAAGCACCUAGACAUGGGACACAUGCCAAAGUCACUUAUUGUGACGCAGUGGACAAUUGAAGCUCGGUCGGGAGAGAGUUCAAUCUGGAAUGAUAGUUGUAUUCAUAUUGAUAAAACCACCCUCCAAAAGGCUAGGUUUGGACAAAUAAGUAAUCGAAUGAAUGAGGUUGCCUUCCUCGCGAGUAGGACCGACUAUGCACAUCGUAUUGCUACACUCAAAAUUGAUCGAAUUUGUGCAACAUUGAAAGAAGCUUUAGUGAUUGGUGGAGAUAGUUGCACGCCCAACCUCCCUAUGCAUAGGGCUUCCCAGUUCAUUGUGCAAGACCCAGAAUUCACCAAAUCUAAGGGGACUGGGAGAAUAACAGGAACAAGAAAUAGUGUCGGUAGGAAAUGUAGUUUAUGCAAGAAGGCUGGUCACAACAAGUUAACAUGCCCCAAAAGACUUAAGGGAAAGGAACCGUGUGUCUAUUCCGAAGAUUCCGAAAAUGAAGAAGAUGACGAAUAUGCAAAUCAUGAAGAGGGCGGUCAUCAAUGGACAGAAAACAAAACAUUCAAUUUUGAAGAAGAUGAAGUGGGAGGCAGCCAAGGAAGAGAGUUUGACUUCAAAGCUUAG